UUCGGAUUAUUUUUGAUUUCAAAAUUGUUAGUAAAGACAACAGAUAGCGCUGACAUCCUUAUCAAGAUUUUUCUUUAAAGAUUCAUAGCAAAAACGAAGUCUUCCGUUGAGGCACACCGCUAAUCCAAAAUGUCAAUUGCAAAAUUCAAGUUAGCCCUACUACAGAUAGCUGUUGGUGCCAGCAAAACCGAAAAUCUUCUUCGAGCUAGCCGAUUCAUAAAAGAAGCAGCCGAUAAAGGAGCUCAUUUAGUGACUUUACCUGAAUGUUUCAAUUCUCCUUAUGGCACAGGAUACUUUGCCGAGUAUGCUGAACAGCUAGAAACAGGAGAAUCGUGUCUGGCACUAUCUGCAGCAGCGAAAGAAAACAAAAUAUACUUGGUAGGUGGCUCCAUCCCAGAGAAGAAGGAUGGCAAAUUGUACAAUACUAGUACUGUAUGGGGCCCAGAUGGUGGUUUAUUGGCUGUACAUCGUAAGGUUCAUCUCUUUGAUAUUGACAUUCCAGGCAAGAUCAAAUUUCAAGAAUCAGAAAUCCUGAGUCCUGGGAAUGAGUUCACAAGCUUUCAAAUGGGAGAUGUCUGUAAGGUUGGAAUAGGGAUUUGCUACGAUAUGCGUUUUGCCGAACUUGCUCAAAUCUAUGCCCGAAAUGGUUGCAAACUUCUGCUUUAUCCUGGUGCAUUCAAUAUGACAACUGGGCCUGCUCAUUGGGAACUACUUCAGAGGGGCCGUGCUCUUGAUAAUCAGGUCUAUGUGGCAACGGCUAGUCCUGCCCGAUCAGAAUCAAGUUCUUACGUAGCCUGGGGUCACAGCUCGGUGGUCUCGCCUUGGGGCGAGGUAAUUGCUACAACCGAUGAAAAAGAAAGCAUCGUUUACGCCGACAUUGAUUUAGACCACUUGCAGCAGAUCCGCUCCCAAAUACCAGUUACACAUCAAAGACGAUCAGACAUGUAUGAAGUAAUACAGAAGAAGAAUUAAGUCGUUCAACUGUGUAUUCUACUAGAUUCGAGAUAUCGCAAAAGCUAUAAGGCUUGAGAAGAAAAGACUAUAAACGUUCGGUGUACUGUAAAGAGAAAAGCCGAUGGAGAAAUUGAGGAAUAUUAACUGUACAGUACACAUUCAUUAAACUUUAA